UUAUUCGUAAACACGUGUGGCGUGGCGGCGUUUGUGGUCUACAAAAUAAGGCCAUUUAUUAUUUAAUUUUAAAUAAGUUUACAUCUGAAUACCUUUCUGUCUGGAUUUGCAAGAAACUUAAUAGUUAAGUGCAAAAUGUCGGACGGCCAGUUCAGUGACUAUGAAGAAGAAAUAACCGAAAAGGUUAAGACUGUGAGGUUCGCUCCUAUGCCUCAAAUAAAGACAUACAGCAGUGAAGAUGAAGGUCUAGAUUCUGAUGACUAUUUUUACGACUCUGAUGAUCAUUUACCCAAAAAGGACCAUGCUAACACACAGGCUCCUUCUAAAAAGAUUACAAACUAUCAACCAACAGAAAAGUUAUUCAAAAAAUACAUCAAUAAGAUAAAUGUUGACAAAUAUGAGCCUGCAUAUUCAAACAAUGCUGAAAAAUUUAUGAACCAAAAUGAUAGGAAAGUAGAUAAUGAGAGGAUCAGAGUGAAAGACAAGCAUGACAGAGCCACCGCUGAACAAGUUAUGGAUCCUAGGACUAAAAUGAUAUUAUUCAAGCUUUUAAACCGUGGCAUAGUCAAUGAAAUCAAUGGAUGUAUUUCCACUGGUAAAGAAGCUAAUGUAUACCAUGCAACAUCUAAAGAUGGCAGAGAUUAUGCUGUGAAGAUAUUUAAAACAUCCAUAUUAAUAUUCAAGGACAGAGACAAAUAUGUAUCAGGGGAGUAUAGAUUUAGAAAUGGCUAUUGCAGAUCUAAUCCACGAAAAAUGGUACGUACUUGGGCUGAGAAGGAAAUGAGGAAUCUUGUUAGAAUGUUUAAUGCACAACUGAGCGUCCCAGAGCCCAUAAUUUUAAGAAGCCAUGUUUUAGUUAUGACUUUCAUGGGGGAAGGAGGCUGGCCAUCACCAAAGUUGAAGGAUGUAGAAAUAUCACAGUCAACAGCUCGUUCUCUUUAUAGAGACUGUAUCACCAUGAUGUGGAAAAUGUUCAAUAUUUGCAAAUUAGUUCAUGCUGACUUGUCAGAAUUUAACAUGUUAUACCAUAAAGGUGCUUUGGUUAUAAUUGAUGUCUCCCAAUCAGUUGAGCAUGACCAUCCACAUGCUUUUGAAUUUUUAAGAAAAGAUUGCACAAAUGUAUCAGAUUUUUUCAGGAAAAAAGGUGUAGCAACACUUACUGUAAAAGAACUUUUUGAUUUUAUUACGGACUCCACAAUAAAUGAAAAUAAUCUAGAAGAAUGCCUAGAGAAGUUGUCAGAGAAAGCAGCAUCAAGAAAUUUCGAAGACAUGUCAGCUCAGGAGCAAGUGGAAGAGGAAGCAUUCAAAAAUGUUUACAUUCCUAAAAGACUAACAGAGGUAAUUGAUUAUGAACGUGACAUUAAUAAAGCAAAAAAAGGUGAAACGGAAGAUCUAAUUUACAAAAAAAUUGCUGGGUUCAAUGAGAAUCUGACUGGCACAAUAAAUACUCCUGAGAUCCUACAAAAUGAUGAGAUUACUGACAGCGAAUCAGGUUCUGAGUCAAAUGAAGAUGAUGAAGGUGAUAACGAUACAAGCAAAUUUAAAAAUGCUGCCCGCCCUCGUGAUGAGUCACCAAACAGCAAGAAAGCAAGGAAAAAGGCUGUGAAAGAUGAUAGAGCUGAAAAAAGGAAAACUAAAACAAAAAAGCAUGUUAAGAAACGCAGGGACAAAGGUCAUGGUAAAAAAUAAUAGUUUUAAAAUAAUAACAAUAUUGUAAACUCAGCAUUUUAUUUAAUUCAGUCCAGU